GAACUUUUUCUAACUCCCAGAGUUUUUUAUGCUCUGAAGCGAAUGACCUGUCCUUGAAAGCACAGCCUUUCUUGAUUUCUGUUUAUUUAUCAACCGAACCGAUAAACGCAACGAACGCAACUUCCUAAAGUUAAAAAUAGUACAUUUUUAACAGAUUUUAAUGCUAUUCGAACCAUUAUUCGAACCGAUGUUAAAAUUUAAAUUACAAACUACUAGAAAUAAUCGUCCGAGUUUAUUGCAAAGAUGACCAGGAUACGCUGGCAAUCGCGUAAAACAUUCGGAAUUCUUUUGGGAGUUUUGAUUUUAUAUUUUACGAUAAGAGUUAGAAAAUAUGAACACAAAACAUCGGUUUCGCUCAACGUUCAUCCGAACGAAGCUUGGGAGUUCGUGGCUGAUUUUAGUAAUAUGAAAUAUUUAAAUCCAACCAUAACUGACUUUGUCAUAACAGAAGAAAGUGGGAACUACAAACACUGGAAAUAUACGACAGAAUACGUCGAGAAGCUAUCUCACUGGCCGUAUUUGCCUAAUUAUUCCACGGCACACUUCGAAAUAAAAGCAACGACGAAUAUGGACAAGUAUUUUAUCAAUUCUUACCAUCGAACUUGCAUGUUUAACGGAUUGUAUUGUCGUUCUGUUGAACCACCCAGAACUGAAGGCAUCUUACGCCUAUAUUCUAUGGAGUACUGCCCCUAUGCCCAAAGACCUAGAUUAGUACUGAAGGCUAAAGGAAUCCCUUUUGAGACUGUUAAUAUUAAUCUAACAGAAAAACCCGAAUGGUACUUCAAAAUUCAUCCCGAGGGAAAAGUACCUGCCCUAUUGGACAAUGGUAAAAUUACCAUCGAAAGUUUGGAUAUAUCCGACUACCUAGACGAAAAAUAUCCGCAAAAUCCAUUAUAUUCGUCCGAUCCCAAGAUAAAACAACAUGAAAAGGAACUUAUCCAGAAAAUCGCUCCUGUCGUAUCAGGAUUCUACAGUUUUCUCCUAAACAAUCAAGAGCACGCUACUGAAGAACAAAUUAGUGAACUUUUGGCGCCUCUGCAACCGUUUGAAGAGGAAUUAAGUAAAAAAGGUGGUAAAUUCUUCGGAGGAGACAAACCUAACAUGGUCGAUUAUAUGUUUUGGCCAUGGGCUGAAAGAUCUGAAGCCACUGUACGGAAAUCCAAAGGACAAAACCUACUUACAGACGACAAAAUUCCUAAUUUACAGAAGUGGAAAAAGGCGAUGAAAGAGGAUCGAGCUGUUUCGGAAAUUUACCACAGCCCCGAAGAGCACUGGAAAGUUUUCGAAUACCGCAUUUAUAAAACUCCACUGGAUUAUGAUACUUUAUAAAAUUGUUACGGUCGUAUUUAUUUAAUAAAUAUUUAUUAAUUUA